UCGUUUCUAUCACGAUGCUGCCACGCUAGCUAUGUAGCACUGACAUGACAGGUGGCAGGAAUAAUUCUGAGUUGACCCAGACAGAGGCCAGAACCAGAAGAGCCAAGCUUUUCCACUCUGUUUGCUCCAGAACUGUUUAUGGAUUGGGUGUCAUGAGGAUCUGCCCCAAAGCCCGCCCCCUGUUGCUCCUCCCCCUGCUGAAGCCGGCAGCCCUGCACAGGUGGCCCAGCCAUAUCCGGGCCAGUCCCUGUGCGCAGGCUCACAGACUCCUCCCCUACAGAGGCGUGGCCACCGAAGGCCCCGCCUCACACCCCAGUGGACAGCGGGAUUCUGUGGAGGUGCUGGGGCAGCUCUUCCGCCGGGACAGCUACACCAAUGUCACAGCCAAGAUCCUGUCCAAGGUGGGGCGCAACCUGCACAACCAGGCACACCACCCGCUGUGGCUCCUCAAAGAGCGCAUCAAGGCCCACUUCUACGGGGCCUUCGUGGGCCGCAGGGGGAACCCCCUCUUCUCUGUCUACGACAAUCUCAGCCCCGUGGUGACGGUGGAGCAGAACUUCGACAGCCUCCUGAUCCCGGCAGACCACGCCAGCAGGAAGAAGGGGGACAACUACUACCUCAACCAGGGUCAUAUGCUGCGGGCGCACACCUCGGCCCACCAGCGCGACCUCAUACGCUGCGGCCUGGACACCUUCCUGGUGGCGGGCGAUGUGUACCGGCGGGAUGAGAUCGACACCAGCCACUACCCCGUCUUCCACCAGAUGGAGGGCGUUCGGCUCUUCUCCAACCACGAGCUGUUUGGACGCGUGGAGCACGGUGAGGACCUGCGUCUGUUCGAGAGCGGUGGCCGGCGCACCCCCCAGAAGCAAGAGACUCACACCCUGGAGGCGGUCAAGCUGGUGGAGUUCGACCUGAAGCAGACCCUCACGCGCCUCAUGAGGCACAUGUUCGGAGAAGACCUGGAGACCCGCUGGGUGGAGUGCUACUUCCCCUUCACUCACCCUUCAUACGAGAUGGAGGUGCAUUUCCAGGGCAACUGGUUGGAGGUGCUGGGCUGCGGGGUGAUGGAGCAGGAGCUGGUAAACUCAGCUGGGGCACAGAACAAGAUGGGCUGGGCAUUCGGGCUGGGCCUGGAGCGUCUCGCCAUGGUUCUCUAUGGCAUCCCGGACAUCCGGCUCUUCUGGAGCGAGGAUGAGCGCUUCCUCGAGCAGUUUCGCCUUCCCCACAUCGACGAUGCCGUCACCUUCAAGCCCCUGAGUAAAUACCCUCCCCUGACGAAUGACAUCUCCUUCUGGCUGCCGGCUGCCAACUACACUGAGAAUGACUUCUACGACCUUGUGAGGAGUGUUGGGGGAGACCUGGUGGAGAGAGUGUCCCUCAUUGAUCAGUUCACUCAUCCAAAGACGGAGAAGGUCAGCCAUUGCUACCGGAUCACAUACCGCCACAUGGAGAGAACCCUGACCCAGGAGGAGGUGAGGGUCGUCCACCAGGCCAUUGAGAAAGCAGCAGAACAGGACCUGGGGGUGCAGGGGAGGUACUGAACCCCACCUCCCAUUUUUCACCUAAUAUGGACACCUGUCAGGAGGGCAUUACAUAAUGGCAUCCAUCAAGAUCAGAAAAGCUCUUCUAAAGUCCCUGCACACCAUCAGUCUGGACCCUACAGCAAAUUCAUAACCAUGCUUUAGGACAGACAUACAAUGAAAAAGAUAAGGGAAAUGAGUUUGAUUGAAUAUUGAUGUCAUCCAGUUCUUUUGUCACUGGCCUUUCACCAUAAAGAGAGACAAGUAAAUGAAAUACAGCCCUGCUCAGAAUGAAUCUCUAUAUUUGUUAUGGAGACUGUAUAUUCAGAGGAAGCAUUUGUAGGUGAAAUUAUGUCAACUUUUGUAAGAGCUUUUGAGAGUUUUGCGAAUCUCUUUGUGUGAAAGAGAGCACUAAAAACAAAGUUGAUGAAUCAAUGGGUAAAAAAUUAAAAAUAAAAACUUUUGUAAAAAGUGUGUUGUGCUGACUGAGA